AACGAAAUCUGAAUGUAAUGGCGGGCGAAAAAACAACUCAAAAAAGUUCUUCAAUUUUCCACUCCCAUCAUCCAAGAAUUACAGUCCAGUCUGUUAUUGCAUACCAAAUAUGCACUAAAUGAAUCGGUUACCAAUGACUGCAAGUUUUACUUCUGAAUUCUUUCCUGAAUGUCUUGUAUUUGGUGUCCAAAGAAAAUUCGGAAGAAAAUCUCACCACAACUCUGUUGUGAGAUGCAGACACCAUAAUCAUCCCAUUAAGAACAAGUACAGAAGCCCACAAAUUGUAAAAGUUUCAACUGAAACUAGGCCAAAUCAUUUGCCGGAUUUUAAUGAUUUUAAAGAAGCCCAUUUUUUGAAACUACUUAAGAGAUCCUGCAAAGCAGGAAAUUAUGAUGAAGCCCUUUACUUUCUUGAGUGCAUGGUGAAUAUGCGUUAUAAACCAGAGGUAGUUCUUUGUACAAAGCUGAUGAAAGGGUUUUUCAAUUCGAAAAGUGUGGACAAAGCAGUUAAGGUCAUGAGAAUUCUUGAGCGGUAUGGUGAACCUGAUGUGUAUGCAUAUAAUGCUUUAAUUAGUGGUUUAUGUAAAGUGAAUCGAAUUGAAUCAGCAAAUGAGGUGUUGAGUAGCAUGAGAGCUCGGGGAUUUGCGCCAGAUGUCGUUACUUAUAAUAUCUUGAUAGGAAGUCUUAGCAAUAGGAGGAAGCUUAGUUUAGCAUUGAAGAUGUUUGAUCAGUUAUUGGAAGAUAAUUGUCAGCCUACCGUGGUUACAUACACGAUUUUGAUAGAGGCAACGAUUCUUGAAGGUGGAAUUGGUGAAGCAAUGAAGCUGUUUGAUGAAAUGUUGUCUAGAGGGCUACAACCUGAUAUGUAUACCUAUAACGCGGUAAUUAGGGGCAUGUGCAGAGAAGGGUUGAUGGAUAAAGCCUUUGAGUUUGUAAGGAGCUUGCCGAAUAGAGGUUGCAAGCCAGACGUGAUAUCGUACAAUAUUUUGUUGAGGGCGUUGUUAAAUCGGGGACAAUGGAAUGAAGGGGAGAAGCUGAUGACAGAAAUGUUUUCAAGAGAGUGCGAGCCUAAUGUGGUUACUUUCAGCAUUCUGAUGAGUGCUUUAUGUCGAGAUGGACAAUUAGACGAGGCAAUUAACCUGUUGAAGAUUAUGAAGGAUGAGGGAUUGUCUCCUGAUACUUACACAUUUGAUCCUUUGAUUUCUGCAUUAUGCAAAGAGGGAAGAUUAGAUUUGGCAAUUGCUUUACUCGAUUAUAUGAUUACCAGUGGUUGUCUUCCCGAUAUAGUAAACUACAACACCAUCCUAUCUGCGUUGUGUAAAAAUGGAAAAGCUAACGAGGCUUUGGAGGUCUUUCAGAAACUCUCUGAAACAGGGUGCUCUCCGGAUGUGAGUACAUAUAACACAAUCAUAAGCGCAUUGUGGAGCAACGGAGAUAGGACUCGUGCCUUGGGACUAGUUUCAGAAAUGAUUGAUAUGAGGAUUGACCCUGAUGAAAUCACUUAUAAUUCACUUAUAUCAUGUUUGUGCAGAGAUGGGAUGGUGGAUGAGGCUAUUGAAUUGUUAAGGGAUGUGGAGAAUAGUGAUUUUUUCCCUACAGCAGUAACUUACAACAUUGUGCUUCUGGGAUUAUGCAAAGCUCAUAGAAUUGACGACGGAAUUGGAAUGCUGGCAAAAAUGGUCGAAAAGGGUUGCCGGCCAAAUGAAACUUCGUAUGUUCUACUACUCGAAGGUAUUGGUUUUGCAGGAUGGAAAGUAGAGGCCAUGGAGCUCGCAAAUUCUCUGUGUAAGAAAAAUGUUAUUUCUCAACACUCCUUCAAGCGUUUGAACAGAACCUUUCCUGUGCUUGGUUGAGAAAGGGCAGAAUGUAUAGAAGAGAUGGUGUUUUUUCAACUCCUCAAAAUGGAAUCCAUUCCAAACAUAUAUGCCAUGGUUCCGAGUUUGUAAUGGUUUGAGUAACUCAGAAAUUAAGAACCAACCCUUCGGCGUUGUCAAAUGUUUCAAUUUCUUAACCUCUAGAGUAUGAUGCAGUCUUUCUCUAAAUUGAGCUUGAAGAUUCAGGUUCUGGUCCUCGUUCAGGUCGAUUGAAUUGGCUACCAGAUGUUCAAUGCUUCUCUCUAGAAGUGAGUCUUCGAAACUGAUGUACUAAAUCGUUCUCGUGCUCAAAAUGAAUGUAACAAUUUUUCUCCAGGUAGAAGAUUUUCAAUGUAUAUAAGAUGGCAGAUAAUGAUACAGAUCCACCUGCUGUUAAUUAUCUUUAGUACAGAAUGCUACUUGAUAUACCAUUCAUUAUAUCUCUGCUUAUGAUUGUGUUGAGAUAA